AUGUCCUACCCACACAAGAUUGCUGCUGCUCACGAUGACCCAACCUUGAUGUUCAACCACACAUGUUUGCGUAUCAAGGAUCCUGCUAAAAGUAUUCCUUUCUACCAAAAACAUUUUGGUAUGGAAUUGCUGAACAAGCUUGACUUCCCAGAGAUGAAGUUCAGUUUGUUCUUCUUGUCUUUCCCUAAGGACAACGUCGCUAAGAAUAGCGAAGGUAAGAACGAUGUGUUCAGCACUUCUGGUAUCCUUGAACUAACACACAAUUGGGGAUCUGAAAACGAUGCCGACUUCAAGAUCUGCAAUGGUAAUGAGGAACCACACCGUGGGUUUGGUCACAUCUGCUUCUCAUAUGCUGACAUCAACGCUGCAUGCUCUAAGUUAGAAGCUGAAGGUGUGUCUUUCAAGAAGAGAUUGACAGAUGGUAGAAUGAAAGAUAUCGCCUUUGCAUUAGAUCCUGAUGGUUAUUGGAUUGAAUUGAUUCGUUAUGACAGAGAAAACUCUCCAAAGAAGGAUGUCGGUUCCAGAUUCAACCAUACCAUGGUUCGUGUCAAGGAUCCAAAGGCCUCCUUGGAAUUCUACCAAAACGUUCUAGGUAUGAAGCUGCUAAGAACUAGUGAGCAUGAGGCUGCUAAAUUCACGCUAUAUUUCCUAGGCUACAAAGUCAGCUCCGAGGAUAAUGAAUUUUCUCAUGAAGGUGUCCUAGAGUUGACCCAUAACUGGGGUACUGAAAACGAGGCAGACUUCAAAUACCAUAACGGCAAUGACAAGCCUCAGGGCUAUGGUCACAUUUGCGUGAGUUGUAAGGACCCAGCUAAGUUAUGUAAUGAAAUUGAACAAACGUAUGGCGAUAAGAUUCAAUGGGCUCCUAAAUUUAACCAAGGAAAGUUGAAGAACAUCGCUUUCCUAAAAGACCCAGAUGGAUACUCUAUCGAAGUUGUCCCACAUGGUUUAAUUGUUUGA